AAGUCCAAGUUCAUACAACGCCUUCCAGUAAAGUCGUCAACAUGCCUGAACCAGCAGUCAAAGCCUCAAAAAAGGGCUCCAAGAAAGCCGUCGCCAAGUCUACUAAGCCUGGCAAGAAGAGAGUGAAGCGCAGGAGGGAGAGCUACUCCAUCUACGUGUACAAGGUAUUGAAGCAGGUCCAUCCCGACACCGGCAUCUCUUCCAAGGCUAUGAGCAUCAUGAAUUCGUUCGUUACCGACAUCUUUGAGCGCAUUGCCGGCGAGGCUUCCCGCCUGGCGCUCUACAACAAGCGCUCCACCAUCACCUCCCGGGAGAUUCAGACCGCCGUCCGCCUCCUUCUUCCUGGUGAGCUGGCUAAGCACGCAGUGUCCGAGGGCACCAAGGCUGUCACCAAGUACACCAGCUCCAAGUGAAGUGCUAUUCUUCAAUCUCGGCAAAAGGCCCUUUUCAGGGCCAC